GCCGUCGGCUGUGGAGUUCGCAGACGCGCACGCCAAUCGGCAAUCACCCAAAUUCCCACGGAAACUAGCCAGCCACCUACACCCAGAUCUCCCUCGCUUGCUCGCCGGGGCGCGCCAAUGGCAUCCACCAGCGCUAACGAGUCGGCUGCGGCGGCGCAGCCCAGGGCCGCCAUCUCGCACGUCAUCUUCGACAUGGACGGUCUCCUCCUCGGUAUCUUUCUUUCUCUCCCUUCCUCUAUUUCUUGGAUUCAGGGCGAGUUUCUUGGCUCUCGAUUCUAUGCGUCUGGUGGUGCUGCAGACACGGAGGGCUUCUACACGGAGGUGCAGGAGAAGAUCCUUGCGAGGUACGGCAAGGUCUUCGACUGGUCCCUCAAGGCCAAGAUGAUGGGCAAGAAGGCCACCGAGUCGGCGCGCAUCUUCGUCGACGAGUGCGGCCUAGACGGCCUGCUCACCCCCGAGCAGUUCCUCGAGGAGCGCGAGAGCAUGCUCCAGGCUCUCUUCCCAUCCUGCACUAAGCUGCCAGGGGUACUACGUCUGGUCCAUCAUCUUCAUGCCAAUGGAAUACCCAUGGCUGUUGCAACAGGAUCCCAUAAACGUCAUUUUGCACUGAAGACACAGAACCACCAGGAGAUGUUCUCCCUGAUGCAUCAUGUUGUCAUGGGGGAUGAUCCGGAGGUGAAGGCUGGCAAGCCAUCUCCUGAUAUUUUCCUCGCUGCUAUGAGGCGGUUUGAGGGCAAUGUAGAACCAAGUAAAUGCUUGGUUUUUGAAGAUGCACCAUCGGGUGUAGCAGCAGCAAAAAAUGCUGGAAUGUCUGCGGUGAUGGUCCCAGAUCCGCGGCUUGAUGUUUCUUAUCACAAAGGAGCUGACCAAGUUCUCAGUUCAUUGUUGAACUUCAAACCCAGCGAAUGGGGCCUGCCACCUUUCAAAGAGUAGACAAAUUCCAUAUGACGAUUUGAAAACUCCGAGGAAUGAGAGAAUUUCAAACACUAACAGCAUUGAUAAGAGAAAUUUCAUAAGAUGUUGUUCAAGAUUCUGUUUGUCUUAGGCCUUAGGCCUUAGUAGUAACAAUUUGAGCAUUUUUGUUGCCCCUUAUUCUAUGGCAGAAAACCACUUCAUAUGACUUCCCUUCAAUGAAGAUGUUAUGACAUUAAUAUGUCUA